AAUCAAUUCCAAUGACGCAACAAAACCAACGACCGAUACCGAAGAAGAAAUUAAAGCCUAAUUAGUGUUAAUUUUUGAAGGCAUGGCCGACAGCGAGGAUUUCAGGCUGGUGUCAUCGGCGAUAGAUCACGAAGGGAGGUUGCCGAGAAAGUACACGUCGGAAGGGCAAGGGACGCAGAAGAAUAAAUCUCCGCCGUUGGAAUGGUACAAUGUGCCCAAGGGGACCAAGAGCCUUGCCCUGGUGGUGCAGGACAUCGACGCGCCGGACCCGCAGGGUCCGAUUGUGCCGUGGACCGUGUGGGUGGUCCUCAACAUUCCGCCCACAUUGAAGGGCCUGCCCGAAGAUUUCUCGGGCAAACACGAAGCGCUCGGCGCUGAUUAUGCCGCUAUCCAAGAGGGGAAUAACGACGAGAAAAUCCCUGGUUGGCGCGCCCCCACUUUGCCCUCCCACGGCCACCGCUUCGAGUUCAAGCUCUACGCUUUGGACGACCAGUUGAACCUCGGCCACAAGGCAACAAAGGACAAGCUGUUAGACGCAAUAGAAGGGCACGUGCUGGGAGAAGCAGUACUAAUGGCGGUCUUCUGAUCAUGAGAGACAUUAAACUUUUUGUACUAUUUUAUCUAUAUAUCUUAUCUGAUAUCGCAAAAAGACAGCAGUUUGUAAAUUAGAUUAACUAUUUCCUUUCUUAAUAAGAGAGAUUUCGCUUUUUUCCACGCUUGAAA